GCAAAAACAUCAUUGCAUCACUUCGCUUGUGACGUGAUGAUUUAAAAGUAAAAAAUAACAAUGAAAGGACAUUUUUUACUUUUAGUCAUUGCUUUGUGGACUGCUCCGGUCGACCCGGAAAAAUACGACGUGCUCGUAGUUCCGCUCUCAAACUCAGUCCGCAAGAAAGCUAUAGAAGUGUUCCUCCUACCACGAGGGUUGGCCAUAGAGAACCACGUUGGUGCCAGACUCGAUAUAGAAGACGUAGAACAACCUACUGAAGCGCCUGAUGUAGAUAAUUUUGAUGGACUUAAUCUAGACAGAGAUGAUAACCCACUAGAUAACAUAGGAGGAUCGUAUAACGCCGACGAUGACUAUGAUGCUGAGAACAGGAUCGUUGGUGGUACGGAAGUGGAUAUCAAUAUGUAUCCGUACCAUGUUGGGUAUGGUACGAAUUGUGGAGGAGCGAUUAUUGGAUCCAAAUGGGUGCUGACUGCUGGACAUUGUGGCAAGAAGGAGUACAUAAGGUCCGGCUCGAAGUUCCUGAACCGCGGGAAACGAACCCAGGUCAUGAAUAACCACAUCCACCCCAUGUGGUCGGCGAAGAGCAAGGACCAUCCGUUUGACUACGACUUCCAGGUCCUAGAACUGAAUCAGGAGCUGACAUUCGACGAGAACACGCAGCCGAUCAAGCUGGCGCACAUCGAAGACAUGGUGGUGGGGAAAAUGAUCACCGUUACCGGGUGGGGAAAUACACAGGAGAAUGGUCCGUACUCCAGCGUCCUAAAAGCGGUGUCCGUGCCAAUAAUCGGCAAGGACAACUGCCAAAAAGUGCCCUUCCCCUACUUCCGGGGCGCACUCACUCCUAGAAUGUUCUGCGCCGGCUACAGAGAGGGGAAGAAAGACGCUUGUCAGGGUGACUCCGGAGGUCCAGCGGUAUCCUACGACCGUCUGCUUGGCAUGGUGUCCUUUGGCUACGGCUGCGCCACGCCAGGUUCUUACGGAGUCUACAGCAAGGUUGCCAAGGUCAGGGACUGGAUCAGAAGCAUAACAGGACUCGUUCUCGAUUAGAAUCGCUCCAACUUUAAUAAAGUUCUUAGAUAUUU